AUGCAGUUCAAUCUUUCAACACUCGCCGUCCUCACUGUGGCGAUGGUGGCCGUCAACACAUCACCUCUUCCUGCUCAAAGCCGAUCGGUUCAGAAACGCGCAGAGGGCUUUCCAACAUGGGGCUCGGAGAGAAUUGAACCUCGCCAAGGACGCGAAGAUGACAGGGACGCGCGCGGCCCCACCGGCUUCCGCAACAACCAAGACGAGCAAGAGGGGGAAGAGAGACUCUCACAGACCGAGGGUGAGGAUGAGAGACCUUCCCGGAGUGAGAGACUCACAAAGGCUGGAGGUGAGGAUGAGAGACUCACAAAGGCCGGAGGCGAGGAUGGGAGACCUACAAAGAUCGGAGGCCAGGAUGAGAGACUCACCCAGGCCGGAGGCGAGGAUGAGAGACUCGGAAAGACCGGAGGCGAGGAUGAGAGACUCACACAGGCCGGAGGCGAGGAUGAGAGACUCGGAAAGACCCAGGGCUCUGAGACCGAGGAGACCGAAGGGCCUGCGAAGAUGGGUAUGGAGGAGCAGCAACAAGGAGUAGAGGGAGCUGCCCAGACGACCGGUAACCCAGAGGGCGCUGGGGAGAACGCAGAGGAGGCACCGAAAAAGGAAAAGGAACCCGUCCUUAAGCAAGCACUCUGCCUUUUCUUCAACUGUUAA